AUGUAUAUAUGCGGGCGAAAGCCCUUAAGAAAGCCCCCCCCGCCGCCGCCGACAUCCCCAACCACCACCACUCCCACCCCGGCCCAGCAUGCCGGGCUUCCCCUUGUCCAAAGGGUGACGCGUCUGGGGACCGGCCGUCCCCUCCCCGAGAGGGUGAGGCGCCCAGAGGACGCCGCUGCUGCCGAUACCGGCAGCAGCAGCUAUUCAACGUGGAGGGAUUCUCCACUUACAUGUCACUUGGGUGGCAUACGAUGGCCACCGCCGCAAAGGGCGGCGGCAAGAGCGGCUGCGGCCACAACAACAACAGCAGCAGCAAACAACAACAACAGCAAACAACAACAACAGCAAACAACAACAACAGCAAACAACAACAACAGCAAACAACAACAACAGCAAACAACAACAACAGCAAACAACAACAGCAGCAGCAGCAAAAUCAGACACAAGGCCUCCGGCCAUGUGGCCAAGAACAACAAUAACGCGCAACAGCACAUCCGGGCCAAGGCCCUCAAGAAGACAAACGCCGUCGCCGCCACCACCACCACGCCCGAUCCCCCGGUCGAGCAGACCGGCCGUCCCCUUGCCGAAAGGGUGACGCGCCCGGAGACAAGUCGUCUCCUCUCCGAGACGGUGACGCGGACGCCGACAAUUUGGAAAAUUAUUAACAACAAGUCCCAAAUGUCCAUGAAGAAGUACAGGCUAAUACGCAAGCUCGCCAACGUCGCCAAGGUCCCAGUCUUGGUCCUCAUGCUCUACCCAUCCACCUUACUUGACCAAGGUACCUAUCUGCCACCAAACGCUUAUAUCUAA